AUGUACUUCCCAACUCUUGUUCUCCUCCUCACGGCCGGACUUGAAAUGAGUCUUGUCAGAGCUGCCAAAGCGCCCAAGAACAGCACGGUCAAACUGGACAAGUGCGCGGUAACUGCCCUGACGACCGAGUUCUCGGCUGGCUUCAAGCAGCCGAACCCUCCUCAGAUCAAGAGCGAGUUCACCACUAGCUUCGUCCAGCACAGAUGGAACCAACGCACUUCGGUCAUCGUCGCAGGAUACCUCGAGAACUCCGGCUCUCAGGGCGUCAUACGGGUUGACCAGGCUUACGACGGGUCCCUAACCUCAUCCGUCUACGACUACAACAACAUGACAGACGACACUAUGGUGGACCACACGAUGAACACGUUCCAAAGCGGCGCAAGCUGCCCCAAGGUGUCUAGGGGCUACGACAACAUCACUUUUCCGCUCUUCUCCAAGGACAUGCUCAUCAAGGGUGGCGCUGUGUUCACUGGGUCUGUCACGAGAGACUUUUCUGGCCGUGGCGUGGGUUGGAAUAUCAUCUAUGAGGGCCGGAUGCCGCUGACAGUUUAUGUCAACCCUUGCAACGCUAUUAUAGGAUAUGACUACUUCUUGCGGGAUGAACGGACCAGAGUGGUUACAGAGUUCUUUAAUACUAACAUAACUACCAAUCAGCGAGAUGUUCUGGCAGGUGUUGCGCUGCCCGCUAUCUUUAAGUAG